AUGUCAACUGAACGUAAAGCCUGGACUCAAGACGUAACCUUAACAUAGGAAGAUGACGCAAUACGAGCACUAGUAGAAGAAUACGGAGUAAAACAUUGGACACAAAUUUCUCAAUAUCUCCAAGAGCGAUAUGGCAUUAAAGGAAGGUAAAUUUUAUAUUAGAUCAGGCAAACAAUGCAGAGAACGCUGGCAUAAUCACAUAGAUCCACAAAUUUCAAAGGAUACUUGGAGCAAAGAAGAAGAAGACAUCAUUUUUCAGUACCAAAAACUGUAUGGAAAUAGAUGGUCUGAGAUAGCAAAACAUUUGCCUGGAAGGUCUGAUAAUGGAAUAAAAAAUCAUUUUUACAGCACAAUUAGGAAAAAUUUGAGGAGACAUAAUAGGAAGAGACCUCAGAAUGAGAGGAUUACUGGGUCUGUAAAGCAGUUAUUGCAGGAUCAAGAAAUUCUAGAUGUAAUUAUGGCUUAUUCGCAUCACGAUACAAUAGCUAAAAUUCCAUUGAAAACAGAGCCAGCCAUGUUAAGAAGGUCGGAAAGACUUAGUUUGAAAAAAGAAAUAAUAGAAGAAGAGAAGGAAAGUGAGGAAGAAAAAUUAACUGAACCGAUUCCAGUGCCUCAGCCAAUCUGUUUUUAAAAUAAAUGCUAUUAAUAAAACAUGUCAAAAAUUAAAGAAAAGUAUAAAUUCGUCGUGCUGCAAAAUUAUUUAUAAAAUUAAUUAAAGCUAAUACUCAGCCAACUCCAAAUUCUAUGAAAAAGAAGCCUAAUAUAUCAAUAGAUCCAAUUCAAGAAGAUCUCCCCAAUAUUCUUAUUUCUAUAUACGAACAAUCCAGUGAUGAAAAAUCAAAAUCCUCAAAAGGAAACUCACCCUCAAAAAUAUCUGAGCCAGUCGGAAAUUGUGAUUCUAAAAGUCCAUAAAUAAAAUUCCAUGAGGGAGAGAAAAUUAGCUCUCCAUAUGAAAUUUUUUACGGAAUUUGCCUUUUCUCGGUUUAACUUCGGAGAUAGCCAGAGAUCCCAAAGGUCGAAUGAUCCUAAAUAAACCCGCCUACCACCCUGACCAGCGUUUCUCACCGACGUGAUGUCGUCGCCCUUGCCUGAAUCAGCUCUUGUGCGUGCUCGCCUUCAGGGCCACCCUUCUAGGAUAUGCUGAGAGGUAAACUCUGAGCUUCUUGGUUGCACUGUGGAGUUGUUCCAGAAAUGCUUGUGACAUCACCAUUUUGGCUUGUUCCUUUAGUAGGAGUGUUGCCUUCCACCUUAAAAUGUUUAAUUAAUGUAAUGUGAAUCUAAUACCCCUCACAGCAUAAUAACACCUACUGCAUUUUUGCGUAGUCCUUUCCGGCAACAAAAAAUCUUUAAUUUUGGUGAGGAUGUGACAGCAAAUUUUAAUUUUGAUGGCUUUAAUGUCCAGGAACUUACAGAAAACAUACAAAAAUCAGAAAUAGCUGGAUAUGGCUUGGCUGAUGGCUUCAAUAAUUGGAAAACUGAUUAUUUAAAAUAUGAAGCUUUUGGACAAAAUCCAUCUCCACAAGCUAGGUCUUUUGUGCUGCCACCAUCCAUAAUAAAAUGGCUACAUAUGGAAGUGGUUGUCUCAGAUUACCAUUUCGCAUGCGAUAUUUAUUAUUAUAGGUUUAAGUUUUCCAAUUGGACCUUAUCCACGAUGCUAAUAUGUAGGGUAAUUCUGUGGCCCAAUAAAUAAGGAGACAUAUGGUUUUAACUGCCCUAAGCACCCGAGGAGGGUGAAAUUAGGCGAAACACGCACUGGAGUCAGUUCAAGCAAGACCACACGCGGUCUUGAAGAAUUCCUGGUCCUUAUUGGCGUGUCCUCUGGAAUGCUUGCUAGACAAGAUGACUGUUGACGUCACCAAUUUGAGAGUUAAAAGGGUGGACCUAUUCAUAUCUAAAUUGUACUGCUAAAGGAUCAAAAAAAACGUUAAAGUCUAAACAAUUGGUAUAGUGCUGCCACCAUUCUCUCCAAUGGAUUCGUUCAAACAUUCGAUAAGUCCAAGGAGUGGCUAA